AACCAUUUUUUGCAUCUCUAAACGAAAUAGCAUAAUCUUUCAGCAGAUUCUUCUCUUUCCACACAGUAAACUACCCGUCUUUCCUGGUUUCUGUUCUUCACUUUCCACUCAACGAUCCAAGAACAGGGAAAAGAAAAUGCUGGCGGUUUUUGAGAAGUCGGUGGCGAAGAGCCCAGAGGCUCUGCAGAGUCCUCAGUCAAACUCUGUUUCAUCACUCAAAGAUGGGUUUUUGGCGCAGCACUUCUCAUCUGUUCAUCCUGGCUCCGUUACCGUCAAUCUUGGCUCUUCAGGUCUCUUGGCCUAUUCUCUUGAGAGACAGAACCCCCUUCUCCCAAGGCUAUUUGCGGUUGUGGAUGACAUCUUCUGCUUGUUUCAAGGCCACCUUGAGAAUGUUGCUCAUCUGAAGCAGCAAUAUGGAUUGAAUAAAACGGCAAAUGAGGUGAUCAUUGUCAUAGAGGCAUACAGAACUCUCAGAGAUCGUGGUCCCUAUCCUGCUGCUCAGGUCGUGAGAGAUUUCCAAGGCAAAUUUGCGUUUAUUCUGUUUGACAGUGGUUCUAAAACCGCAUUUAUUGCUGCAGAUGCUGAUGGGUGUGUUCCCUUCUAUUGGGGAGCUGAUGCCGAUGGAAAUCUUGUUCUUGCAGACGAGAAAGAGGUUGUAACUAAGAGCUGUGGGACAUCUUCUGCACCAUUCCCUAAAGGAUUCUUCUUUACAACAUCCGGAGGUUUGAGCAGUUUUGAGCAUCCACUUAAUGAGGUGAAGCCUGUCCCAAGAGUUGACAGUUCUGGUCAGGUAUGUGGUGCAACUUUCAAGGUGGAUGAAGCUAAGAAGGAAUCAACUGGCAUGUCAAGGGUUGGGAGUGCUGCUAACUGGUCGGAUAAUAUCUAAAUAUGAACUCUGUUUGAACUAAGGCUUUUAUUAUAUGCUAGACUCGGUUGAAUUUUCAUGUUCUAUUACUCAUAUGUACCCAUCAAAUGAAAACUUUUGAGGUCCUAAGGAGGCUUAGCUUAUCAUAUUAGUUAGCUUCCCGGGCAGAAAUGUGAUUUCGUGAUGCUAUGCAAGUUGGUCGCAAACAAAUAUUGAGCCGAUACUCUCCUGACCCAUAUGUAAUAAUGUCAACUGAGGUUCAUCCUAGUGAAGAUUGUUUGCUGCCUUUGUGUGGCCUUUUAA